GAAUCGCCGCGUUGGACGUGGUCCUACUACAGAAUAGUUUGACUGUCAAAAGCCUAAAAUACUUUCACUGUCAUUUUAUUUUGUCACAAUUUCGCUUAGACGAUGGCUGCAUGGCCUCUGCCUUUGCCUUCCCCAAUAAAGGGAAGAAAUAAAAAAUAUUUUACAAAUAAAAAAUCGAAAUGAAAACAUUGUGAUGAUACCUACAUAAAUAAUUUUUAUAAAGCCUAAUUCCAUAAAUUAAAUACUAAAUAGGUUUAUAGAUAUAGGUAGUAAUUAGUACAGCGAUGAACAUUACAACGAGAAAACUACGGAAAAAGAAAACAACUGCUUGAAAAAAUUCGACUGCUGUAGUAGCUGUAGCGGGAAAAAUACGAAACUUUUUCUGAUUGCAAUUUGCAUAGAUGGAUUCGAAAAAGAAAAGUAAUACGAAUAAACAUAGUUCUCUGAUGAAUUAUAUUAAAAAAGAUGAAAGAAACUCUACCGCAAAUGCAAGUAUGGAAAAAAAGUCAAAAUUUGUUUGGAAAUCAAAGUCUUCGAGUUCAUCUUUCAUACCACCUUUUAUAAAGGACCAAGAAGCUGUAAGGCAGAAUGUUGCAAAAGGGGAUGUUCAUGACUCACCAAAUAUGUUUUCAUUUGAGACUUCUCAAGAUUAUGUGAACGAAAAAGACUCUUCUACUACUACUACUGAAAAUAAAAAAAAAAACAACAUUGACAUGGAUGUGGAUGAAAUGAAUGAAUUUCCAAGUGCCUUUAAUAAAAAGCAGAAAAGUAAAAGACUGGAAUCUGUUAACUCAAUAAGGAUAAGUGCAACACCAUCACCACCCAAAAAUCUAGAGAAAACAAAGGAAAGAGACUUAAAGACACCAACUAAACAGAGUCCCAGAAAAGAUAGGGAUCCAUUAAAGAAUUUAAGGUUGGAUGGAUCUAUCUCCGGUCUUCUUGCUACUAUAUCAAACCACCCAGCUUUGAAAAAACGAGAUAAGGAUAAAGCAAGUUUGACUCCUGACGACAUUGAUAAUUGCAAAACAAUGUACAUAGAACUAUUAGAGAAAAUAAGUGAAGCAUUUAAUAGAAUUCCAAACUGUAUAAAGGAAAAGUUCCCUGGUUAUGAUGGAAAGACAUAUUCAAAGAUAAAUUAUUUGAAAGCUAAAUUGAAAUCAACUAUAAACUUGAAAGCAAAAGAUCUGAACUUAUCAACAGAAUUAAAUACAAGUAGUGAAACAAAUGGAAGGAUUAGUCCAUCAAUAUUGCACAUUCCAAAUGAUGAUGAUUUAGAUGACUUUGAUCUUAGUCAAGUGAAAGCAAGAAGGGAUAAAAUAGAAACAUCAACACCUGAUGUCAACUUUGAUAAGAAUCAACCUACUAAAACAAUAUAUUCAGAUUUCAUGAAAAAGAAAUCAUUGCAGUUUGAAUCUCCAAAUUCUAUUACCAAUAGUAACAAUAAUAGUGUCACAUCAGAUAUAGAAAAUUUAAAUAUAUCAGAGAGUACUAAUAAAGGGAAGGGAAAGUUUGUUUUCAAAAGACCAUCAAAAGCUAGUGAAUUAAAUCAAAGUACUUCAAAUGCAGAUGUUCCUUCAAACACAUUUGAAAGAUUAAAACAUGCUUCAUCAAAAUUGCAGCCAAUUGUAAAUGAAGAAAUGCCAAAACAAUACCAACCGAUUACUAAUAGUUCUGUGCCUUUCCAAGCACAACAGUUAAGUAAAAGUGCUUUAAUAAACUUUAAUAAGUCUGAGACUUUAGAGUCACCUGUUGUUAAGCAAACACCAAAUGAUGAUGAAUUUGAUGAGAGUGACAACUAUGAAGUGCCUAUUGAUUUUGAUGAUGAAACAGAUAUAACACAAGACAAUAGAAAUAGUGUCAUUAAUAUCAGUGACACCACUGCAAGUACGAGUAAUGUGGUAGUUGUAAAUGAUAAACCUCUCACAUUGGAUGAUGAUGGCUGGCCGGAGUACAGACCUGAGGAUUUCGAAGAUGAAAUGGAUAUAUCUCAAACAGCAAAUAACUCUAGUAAGGAUGAAAUAAAUUUAAUAGACCAGUCUGUUGUAAAUAACUCAAAAUAUGAAGGUAUGGGAGAUUUUCAUGAGGGAACACAAAAUGAUGGAAUUACUGGUGAGUUUGAUGGUCUAAACUACCCUCACUCAGCGCUGAUGAUGGAAAUGUUCAAAGAGAAGUUUGGUCUGAAGUCAUUCCGUCCCAACCAACUGCAAGUAAUUAAUGCUACCCUGUUAGGACAUGACUGCUUUGUGCUAAUGCCUACCGGUGGUGGUAAAUCACUGUGCUAUCAGCUCCCUGCGAUACUGACGCCGGGAGUUACCAUUGUUAUAUCACCUCUGAAGUCGCUCAUCCUUGACCAGGUCAACAAGUUGCUGUCUUUGGACAUCCCUGCGGCGAAUCUGUCUGGUGAUCAGUCGAUGAGUGACGCGGACGAGAUCUACCACAAGCUUUCGCUGCGAGAGCCGGCGCUCAAGUUGCUGUACGUCACGCCGGAGAAGGUGAGCGGCUCGCCCAAGUUCCAGAGUAUGCUGGACAUGCUCUACUCCAGGGGGAAGAUUGCCAGGUUCGUGAUAGACGAGGCGCACUGCGUGUCCCAGUGGGGCCACGACUUCCGGCCCGACUACAAGCGGCUGCACGUGCUGCGCGACCGGUUCCCCGCCACCACGCUCAUGGCGCUCACGGCCACGGCCACGCCGCGCGUGCGCAUGGACAUCUUGCACCAGCUCAAGGUAACAAAUUGCAAAUGGUUCUUGAGCAGUUUCAAUCGUCCUAAUCUCAGCUACAGCAUACUCGAGAAGAAACCCAAGAGUAUUAACCAGGAUGUUGUUAAUAUUAUCAAGGAGAAAUUCUUUAGAGAUUCAGGGAUUGUGUACUGCCUGUCUCGCAAGGAGUGUGAGAGCCUGACCGUGGAGCUCCGCAAGGCGGGCGUGCAAGCGGCCGCCUACCACGCCGGCCUGGCCGACAAGAAGCGGGAGAUGGUGCAGGCGGGCUGGGUGGCCGACAAGUACAAAGUGAUCUGCGCGACCAUCGCGUUCGGCAUGGGCGUGGACAAGGCGGACGUGCGCUACGUGAUCCACCACUCGAUGCCCAAGUCGGUGGAGGGCUACUACCAGGAGACGGGGCGCGCGGGCCGCGACGGCGAGGCGGCCGCGUGCCUGCUGUACUACUGCUACGGGGACGUGGUGCGCUACCGCAGGCUGCUCGACAUGGAGCGCAACUCGAGCGCUGAGUCGAAGCGAGUCCACGUGGAGAACUUGCUCCGGAUGGUGGAGCUGUGUGAGAGCGUGUCGGAGUGCCGGCGCGCGGCCGUGCUGGCGUACCUGGGCGAGCGGCCGCGUCCGGGGCUGUGCGCCGCGUGCGACAACUGCCGGCUCAAGCAUCAGUACAAGCCCGUGGACGUGUCGGAGGAGUGCAAGCUGAUCGUGCGCGCGCUGCGGGACGCGGGCCGGGCCAGCUUCACGCUGCUGCACGUGGCCGACGUGCUGCGGGGCUCCAUGGUGCAGCGGCUGGGGGCCUUGCGGGACAGCCCCGUGCACUCGCGUUGCAAGAGCUGGCCCCGCGGCGACCCGCAGCGUCUCCUGCGGCAGAUGGUGGUGCGCGGGCUGCUGGCCGAGCGGCUGGUGGUCACCAACGACAUCGCGAGUGCCUACGUCACGCUCGGACCCAACGUCGACAAGUUGAUGAGCGGGAACCUGCGCGUGGUGUUCCCCAUGAAAGUGGACCAAAAGGGCAGCGUCGUGACGUCAUCGCGGAGCGGUACCGCGGGCCGCGCCGACGAGAAGGAGACGCCAGUACUCGCGCUCAUCAAGCGAAUCGAGGAGCGCUGCUACGCAGACCUCGUGGAGGCUUGCAGGGAGAUGGGGGCGGCGCGCGGCGCGUCGCUGGCGGCGGUGCUGCCGCAGGCCGCGCUGAAGGCCAUGGCGGCGAGGCUGCCCGACUGCGAGCGGGACAUGCUGGCGCUGCCGCACGUGACGCGCGCCAACUACCACAAGUACGGCGCGGACCUGCUCCGGAUCACGGCCGCCUACGCCGUCGAGAAGAUGGGUCUUCUGAUGCAAUACCAGGAUGAGCUAGAAGAGGAGAAGAAGAAGGAAGACGUGUUUGAUGAGCACGAGUCCGGCUCCGACACGGACUGGGCGGGGCUGGCGCGCGACGCGGACAUGAGCGGGGUGGGCGGCGCGCGGGGCCGGGGCCGCGGGCGGGGGAGGGCCGCGCGCGGGGGCGUGAGGAAGAGGUACAAGCGAAAGAGACCAUCGUCAGCCAAGAAGAAGGCGUACCGAGGGGCGUACUCGCGGGGCGGGGCGAGGGGGCGGAGUCCCGCUGGCUCGGGGACGAGAGCCGCCGGGAAAAGUCUGGGCAUCAUGCCGCUACCGCGCGGCAACACGGCCGUCGCCAACACACGGCCCGGCGUCUCCAACACCACUAAAUUUAAAUUCUAAACCUCUCUCUACUGCCAACUAGCUUCUAUGGUUUAGUAUUACAGCUACCUUGCCAAAAAAAAAGAGAUAAAACCAUUUUCCGUUGAUCGUUGCAAUACACGCUCGGCUGGACUGAAAAUUUCAUCAAAAUUGAUCCAGCCGUUUUGUCCAUACCAACAUACUUACUAACGUACACGCAUCGAUUUAAAUAACAUUUAGAUGUAAUAUUACUGAUUUAACAGCUGAACCUAAUAUUCGAUGGUGAAGUCACUGACCUUAGAGGGAAGCACGCUAGUACUUAACGUCGUGUUUGUCAUAUUCUAUGCAUUGUUGACUACAUAACUUAUUUACUAUAAGGCGACACCAGAGUAUAUAAAUAAUAUAAACACCUUUAAAAAUAAUUUUUAGCCUUACGAAAGUGAUUAAAACCCGAGUUUGUAGUAAAAUUAAUUGUUUUAAAAUGUACAGCGGAGAUGAAAUAGGGCUAAGGCGCCAUCUUAAGAGUAUUUAACAAAGCAAAACUAUCGUGUGCGGCUCGGACUCUCGCACGAGGGCUCCGUACUAUCGUGCAAGAUACAACACUAUAUACCUACUUUUAAAUAAAUUUUUUAAAGAUUUUUUGAAUUUGGCCAUGUUUAUUUUUUUAUUAAUGUAACAUAGUUUAUACAUACUGUAUUGAAAUCACAGUUGUUAUUUUUAUUUUUUGUAAUACCUUACAUUUACAGCACUAAUGGCAAGGUAAAAUUUACUAAUUUGAUAUAAAAAAUCACUUAAUGGCAAAAAUCGUGUUGUGGCAAGAGCAUAUCAAACACGUCUGGUUUCAUGUACGUGAUAUCCCCAAAUAACCCCGGCACGUGGCGGACGCUCCGCUUAGCCAAAAAGUUGACUCACUUUUUACAUUUGAUUAAUGAGGCGCCAGUCUCUUGAAACUUGUCAAAAAUAACACGUAUGAAAUUUUAAGGUAAUUUUUUUAUUAUUUAUCAUCACUUCAAUGAAGAAGAAGUGGCAAGAAACUCAUUACCAUUCUAUUUAAUUGCCAAGCCAUUGCUUAUGAAUGGAACACUGUCCGAAAAUUGUAAAUAUUAGUUCUGAACGUUACAAUUUAAUUCGUUACCCACGAAAACAACGAAAAUAUGUUUUACACACAGAUAUUUAAAAACCGAAAAUAUUUUAACGUUUAAUCUUUUGUUUAAAUACUCCAAUGUUUGAUCUUCGAUUCUACGCUCUACCACAGUAUAUAUAAGGCACGUGCAGUACUCGUGUGACUAACAGCACUGCGAUGUCUGCUUAGGGGACUUGUUAUGUGUCUUUACUGCUUUACCUAAUAUGUAUACUGUGGCCUUACAAUCGCGACUUUUUAAAUCAUAUUUGAAGGGACAGUUCGUUCACCAUCUUAUUUUUAAAGCAUUUUUAAAUUUCUUACUGAAUAUUUACGUUAUAAGUUUUAAUUGUUUUGUAAAUAAUAAAUUAGAAGAACAUGA